UUUUAGAAGCUUUUGGUAACACAACAUCGCGAUCGCACUGAUUUAUUUAAUUUUUGUUCUUAAAAAAAAAUAAAAAUAAAAUGGAAAUACUUUCUGAAAACGUUCAUUAUUCAGAAAACUAUAUCGAAUGUAUUUACGAUUAUAAUACAACUUUUGUAGCAAAAUCUAAUGGAAAAUUACUCGUGCAGCCAAUUACAAAGAAAAUUGAUAUACGUACGGAACGCAACGUACCAAAAACGGGUGUAAUGUUAGUUGGUAUGGGAGGAAAUAAUGGAUCGACAUUAAUUGCAUCUCUUGAAGCAAAUAGAUCAAAAAUGUUUUGGCGCACUAAAGAUGGAAUCCAGGAUGCAAAUUGGUUUGGAUCAAUAACUCAAUCAUCAACUGUUUUAUUGGGAUCUGAUAUAAACUCAAAAGAUGUCUACAUUCCAAUGAACGAAAUUGUGCCAAUGGUUAAUCCAAAUGAUAUUUAUGUAGAUGGUUGGGAUAUUAGCUCUUUAAACAUUGGUGACUCGAUGAAGCGUGCGAAAGUACUUGAUAUAAAUUUACAAGACCAAUUGUAUGCAAAAUUGUCGAAAAUUAUUCCUCGUCCUUCGAUAUAUGAUCCAGAUUUCAUAGCAGCAAAUCAAGCCGAUCGAGCAGACAAUUUGAUUCAAGGUACUAAAUACGAUCAGUUCAUGAAAAUUCGAGAAGAUAUUCGCGAUUUCAAGAGUAAAACCAAAGUUGACAAAAUUAUUGUGCUCUGGACGGCAAACACGGAACGAUUUAGUGACGUACGAGAAGGAUUAAAUAUUACAAUGAAAGAGCUAGAAGAAUCAUUAAAAAAGAAUGAAAACGAAAUUUCUCCUUCAACAAUUUUUGCUAUGGCUUCUAUUGUUGAAGGAUGUAUUUAUAUUAAUGGUUCGCCUCAAAAUACUUUUGUUCCUGGAGUUGUUGAAAUGGCCGAACAUUAUAAUGCUUUUAUUGCUGGUGACGAUUUUAAAUCGGGCCAGACAAAACUAAAGUCAGUUUUAGUCGAUUUUCUUGUUGGAGCUGGAAUUAAACCCGUCAGCAUUGUUAGUUAUAAUCAUUUAGGAAAUAAUGAUGGUAAAAAUCUUUCAGCACCUUCACAAUUUCGUUCUAAAGAAAUAUCAAAAAGCAAUGUGAUUGAUGAAAAUAUUUCAAGUAAUGAAAUUUUAUACAAGCAAAAUGAGCAGCCUGAUCAUUGCGUUGUUAUUAAAUAUGUUCCAUAUGUGGGAGACAGUAAAAGAGCUAUGGACGAGUAUACAAGUGAAAUAAUGAUGGGUGGACAUAAUACUUUAGUAAUUCACAAUACUUGUGAGGAUUCACUUUUAGCUACUCCUUUAAUCCUCGACUUGAUAAUUUUGGGUGAACUGUGUUCGAGGAUUGCAAUUAGAGAACAUGGUGAAGGUUCAACUUAUGAAUCAUUUAAAUCAGUUUUGUCUCUUCUGUCUUAUUUGUGUAAAGCACCUUUAGUUCCAAAAAAUACACAAGUUGUUAAUUCGUUGUUUAGACAGAAAGCUGCUAUCGAGAAUAUUCUUCGUGCAUGUGUUGGACUAACUCCUAACAAUCAAAUGGCUUUAGAGCAAAGAUUCAAUCUGACACUUUAUCCCCCUAACUUAAUCAAAAAACCUCUAAACUUUGAGAAACUUGAAAAUAAUCUUAUUCAUACUAAUGGUUUUCAUAAUACAACAAAUGAACAUGGUGAUUAUCAAAAUGGACACUAAAGUGCUAUUUAUUAAAUUAAUAAUUGAAAAAUUCAGUUUCUUAACUCUCUUCUUUACAUUGACACAUAAACAAAUGUUUUUAAACACAUCUUGAAAUAAAUUGAUAUUAAAACAUAUUUUAGACAUCAAAUGUAAUCUACAUAAAAUAAAAAUAAAUAAUUUUCAAAAUAAUCAAUCAUUUAGAGAUUUAAUAAAAUAUAUGAAAUUAUUAAUAUAGUUGUCAAUUUUGAACGA